UGCCUACCAGCCGUAUACCCACACCACACCCCCUCCGCACUUGCUCCCGUAGCUUCUCGCUUCCAUUCCUCAACCGCGGAAACCCUCGGAGUACUGUAGACAUGGCUGGGAGGGGCAAGGCUAUCGGCUCCGGCGCCGCCAAGAAGGCUAUCUCCAGGAGCUCCAAGGCCGGGCUCCAGUUUCCCGUCGGCAGGAUCGCGCGGUUCCUCAAGGCCGGCAAGUACGCCGAGAGGGUUGGCGCCGGCGCUCCCGUCUACCUCGCCGCCGUGCUGGAGUAUCUCGCCGCUGAGGUCCUGGAGUUGGCCGGGAACGCCGCGAGGGACAACAAGAAGACCCGCAUCGUGCCGCGACAUAUCCAGCUUGCCGUCCGCAACGACGAGGAGCUCUCCCGCCUGCUCGGUAUGGUCACAAUCGCCAGCGGCGGUGUCAUGCCCAACAUCCACAACCUUCUGCUCCCCAAGAAGGCCGGAGGCAGCGCCAAGGCCGCGGCUGCCGAUGACGAUAGCUAGAUGACGGCUCCUUCUCGGUGGUCGUGGGUGCUCGGCUGUAUCUGUGUAGUAGCGUGUUCGGUCAGAAGGUUGUGGAUGUUGUAUCUGUGUAGUAGCGUCUGCAGUCAAGUGUUGCCUAGGUGUUGCGUUUUACUAGGAGUAGUACGUAUUAGUUUCUGAAUGAAUCUGUGUGCUUGUACCGGUGCUAAACUAGGUGUGGACAAUGGUUACAUCCUCUGUAAUUCGUUGCUACGUUCUAUAGAAGUCGCAUCUAUGAAUUGUUA